UCACCUCACCUCACCCCCCUCCCCUCCCCUCCCCAUCGCCCUCUCUCUAGUUCCCUCUGCGCGCGGUCCUGGGUUUCCUCCCUCUGUCGCGCCCCGGUCCUCUCUCCACUGCGGUGGAUUCAUGCUCAGCUCUCGCCCUCCUCCUCGGUCGCCAUGCAGAACAACCACCACAAGGAGCAUCUCUACAAGAUCCUUGUGAUCGGGGACCUCGGGGUCGGCAAGACCAGCAUCAUCAAGCGGUACGUCCACCACAACUUCAGCCCCAACUACCGAGCCACCAUCGGGGUGGACUUCGCCCUCAAAGUGCUCAACUGGGACCAGGAGACGGUGCGCCUGCAGCUGUGGGACAUCGCAGGUCAGGAGAGGUUUGGCAACAUGACUCGUGUGUACUACCGCGAGGCCAUGGGCGCCUUCAUUGUGUUCGACGUCACAAGGCCCGCCUCCUUUGAGGCCGUCGCCAAGUGGAAGGAAGACUUGGAUUCCAAACUGACACUUGCCAAUGGGAAAAACGUAGCCACUGUGCUUCUGGCUAACAAAUGUGACCAGGGUCGGGACGUGCUCACCAAUAACGGAAUAAAGAUGGAGCAGUUCUGCCAGGAUAACGGCUUCGUGGCAUGGUACGAGACAUCUGCGAAGGAAAACAUCAACAUCGACGAGGCGGCCAACUGCCUGGUGAAACACAUCAUUGCCAGUGAGAAAGACAUGCUCCAAUCAGAAGUCCCCGACACCGUCACCCCCCAAUUAGAGAAGGACAAAGGCGGGACAUGCUCGUCCUGCUUCAGAUCCCAGUAACAGCUCCAGACGGUUGGAUGUCCUUUUGUAUCUCAUUACACACAAAGUUGAGUUUGUCUGUGAGCAGGAGACAGAGGAAGAGCUACUUUGGCUGAGGAAGAGGGUAUGGCUGCCAACUGUCUUCCUCUCCGGUAGCUCGGAGGAUGACAGUGUGCUUUUCUGUGUGUGUGUGUGUGUGUGUGAGAG